AGAUCAGUCACGUAGCAGGCGUAGGUCGAACUGUGUGUGCAUGGAAACACGUUUUGGGAAGACUGCAUUCUUUCCCACCAUAAUAGGCUGAACGUGAAAUCAGUCAUCGUCUCACCGCUCGUGAUUCGAUGAGGAUGUUGAUACCACAGAGGAAGAGGCGAAGCGAGAGAGUUGACUCCGCCCCAAAAUCUGUCCGGCAAUGGGAGUGUCGAAUAUGCACUGGAUCUUACUUGUGCAUCAGACUCAGUGGCUAGUGUAGGCUAUUCACUACAUAUUUUUGGGGGGUGAGAUAACGUUCUAAAGAUACUCUGAUAAAUGCCAAGUACUAAUGUCCUGUCAAAAAAUAAGAAUGUUUAGCCAUGCGUUAUGGCAGACAAGUAAGCCAACGUCGCUUCGCAAAGUUUAUGUGGCUUCUUGUGGUAGCGUGGCAUCUACAGGUCCGACCACCCAAAUAGGGAAAUGCUGCGAAGAUGAACAAAGUUGUGGAUCAGAUUUAGGUAUCCAGCCUGUACGGUCCACAGCCAUCCCAACUUCUCCAUCACCCGCAAAUCACAGACACGUAGCGAGCAACAACCAGAGGGUGUCGCCUACCUUGUCUGAAAGGGCAUUCACUACAGGACUCCAGAUUGACUCCAAGACUUACCUUUGGUCAAGGUAUAAUGAAAUGAAACGGCUUGUGCACGAUCUGAUUCCUCCAGGUGUAUGUAACUUACUGAACCCCUCCACCAUCUAUGCCAACAAUGAGGUUGACUUGGACGAAGUGGACAUCUAUGGCUUUGAUUAUGACUACACACUCGCUCUGUACUCCAACACUCUUGAUACAAUGAUCUACAACACAGCUCGAGACUUCCUUGUCAAACACUACAAGUAUCCAGAGGGCAUUAGCAAGUAUGACUAUAUUCCCAACUUCGCUGCACGUGGUCUCCACUAUGACAUUCAGAAGGGACUGUUGAUGAAAAUAGAUGCCUUCCAUUACAUCCAGCUGGGGACUGUAUACAGGGGUCUGAAGCCUGUUCCAGAUGACGAGGUUUUGGAGCUCUAUGGUGGAACUCACCAUGUCCCUCUUCAGGAAGUCAGUGGCUUCUAUGGAAAGGGUCCAAUGAUGAAGCAGUUCAUGGAUGUUUUCUCCAUCCCAGAGAUGACUCUCCUGGCAGCUGCCAAUGACUACUUCAACUCCAAUGACAUUGAAUAUGACCCUGGUCAUCUCUACAAAGAUGUUUCGGAUGCCAUUGGAAUGGUGCAUAUCAAAGGCUACAUGUACAAGUGGAUAAUGCAAGACUUGGAGAAAUAUAUUCUCAGAGGAGAUGAGACAUAUGCAGUUCUGCACCGUCUGGCCAGCCAUGGCAAGAAGCUCUUCCUUAUAACCAACAGCCCAUUUAGCUUUGUAGACAAAGGGAUGAAAUACAUGGUAGGAAAGGACUGGAGGGACUUUUUUGAUGUUGUCAUUGUUCAAGCUGACAAACCACACUUCUUCAACAACUGUGGCAAACCUUUCAGACGUUUGGAUGGCAACGGGGACCUUCAGUGGGACAAGAUCAAGAGCUUGGAUAAGGGCCAGAUCUACAAACAGGGCAACCUGUUUGACUUUCUCAGGCUCACAGGAUGGAGGGGAUCCAAGGUGCUCUACUUUGGAGAUCAUCUGUACAGUGACUUGGCAGACCUGAUGCUGCGUCACGGCUGGCGGACAGGGGCCAUAGUACCAGAGCUGGAGGUGGAGACCAGGGUGGUGAAUACGGAGCAGUAUGCACAAAGCCUCACCUGGCUGCAGGCACUCACCGGUCUACUGGAACGCAUGCAGGUGCAUCGAGAUCCAAAGUCAAAGGAAGUUCUACAGGAUUGGUUGAAGGAAAGAGAAGAGCUUCGAGCUGUGACCAAGAACCUGUUCAACCCUCACUUUGGCAGCAUUUUCCGCACCUGCCACAACCCCACCUUCUUCUCCCGUCGCCUGUGUCGCUUCUCUGACCUCUACAUGGCAUCCAUCAGCUGUCUGCUCAACUACGACCUCUCCUACACCUUCUACCCUCGUCGCACCCCCCUGCAGCACGAGGCGCCCCUGUGGAUGGACCAGCUUUGCACUGGCUGCAUGAAGACUCCCUUUCUGGAGGAGAUGGCUCACAUCCGCUGAGGGCCGCUCCGAGGUUUCACAGACCUCAAACUUGAUAUAAAGAGGCAGGAACUGAAGCUAUGCCGGGAGUAAGGAGAAUUGGGGCAUGGUGCACAGAUCAUGAGUGCCACCUCCUGGGUGGUUGUAUGCCAGUAGGUAAAGUGAAAAGGAAGGGAAAAGGGGAUACCUAGUCAGUCACACAACUGAAUGCAUUCAACCGAAAUGUGUCUUCCGUAUUUAACCCAACCUCUCUAAACCAGCAUACAGUAAUGGUAAACUAUCUGGCUAUUCGAGUUACCCAACAUCACUUGGUUGGCAAGAACAUUUAACGGGUCAAGCCUUUCGUUACUUUUUAGGUUAGUUAAGUUGAGGUUGCAACUUGUAAUUAAAAACCAAAACAAUUUGAACAAUAACUGUUUGUUCAUGGUGCGGAUAUCUGUUACUUGAUAACUCUUUCUUUUUUUUCUCUCUCAUUUUAACCAUGUAGCCUCCUCACUGUAACAGACUGAUUUAAUGACCUCAUUAGUUUGAGUUAUGAGUAAUGGAUCUUAAGUUUAUUGGUGUAUAGUCUUGGCUGUUACUGUAUUUGAGUACGACCAUUCACAUUGUAGUAUGGUUCAGGGCAAGCUAAGUUGUUGCAGUCACUAGAAAUCUAUUUUGGGUCAAUCUUGAAUCGGUGGCACUUUUGCAACCAUGAGUUAACACUUUAAAAUGGCAAAUAGUUACACAUCAUACAUGUUUUUGUUUGUCAAUAAUACAAUAUAGGCUAAUGCAAGUUGUUUAUACUGCAAAACUUUUAAGUCUCAAAUUAAAUAUCACAUCUUUUGUUGCUCAAAAGCUUAAUAAUCAAUUUGUGUCACUUCAAAGUAAUAAAUGAGUCAAGAGUACCAAAUAUGACUGCUGAAACAACAAUACAAAUAGGGUAUCUCCCUCUCAUAAAUGAGUUAAGUUAUAUGAUAUAAAAGUGUAAUUUAGCUGACAAAUGUGUGGUAAUGGUUUAUAUAUUUGCUCCUGGCUGUCAGUCUGUCUGUCUCUGUGGGACAGCCAGUGGCGACCCGUCAUUCAGGGCAGGUGAGAGCCUCACCUGUUUAAGCCCCACUCUUUUAGCCUGUUUUGCAUGUAAUUACGUGUCACCUAUCACUUUGCAAACAUUGUAAAAAAAAAUAUAUAUAUAAUAAUCAUUGAGUUAAUAAAGCUGCAUACAAACAUGGUC